CAGAGCAGAACAAGAUGACGUGAAUAGAUGACUUUGCAUAGAGCCUAAUCGCCCUGUCUCUAUGAAUUUUGUGGUCUGGUUUCCCCAAGCUCCGUAAAUUCCACAAUGCGUCCCCCCUUAGAUAUUCAAAUGCAGAGAACCGCCAAAAACAUGGAUUUUUCAUUUUUUAUAAUCAUCUUUUAUGUGGUCUGGAAUGGGCACCAGCAAUAGAUUCUCUGGAGCCCUUGGAAAUCAUUCCAUAUGAUUUGACUGCGUUGCAGAUUUGUUGGGUGAGAAAUGGAUCAUACAGCUGUCUAUGAGAAUGGAAAUACUGUGGCAGAAAGAAUAAACCAUAUAAAAUGAUGUAUACAGUGACAAAAAUGUUGAUGGAAGAAUGUGAAAGCAAAAGCUCUGGUUAUACCUAGCUUUGUCUUCCUUAUCCAAGCAUUGGUGGUUAGGGUUAUGUCUGCCUUAUCCAAGAAUUGGAUGUUUGUGCACAUUCCUGUGUAACCACAUGUCUACAAAAUUGUGGCCCGACACUUUGUAUCUCUGUGCUGUUUAAUCAUAAUCAAUAUGGUGUUUGCCAGUUGGAAUUCCUCUGGUCUUCAGUUUUGCUUUUCUGUGAGAUGGUAUCAUUUUGGCUUUGAGAAAAGAAUCCGCUGAUUUGAAGCAUUAGUUGAAUAGUGCCUUGAGAGAUGAUUUUUUGGUCAUGUUGGCUAUACAGUUUGAGAGAUUAUUCUGUAUAGGUCCCAUUGAAUUAGAAGAACUGUGCCCUGGAGGCAUGGCAGUGCCCUUUUAGGCCUGGUGCAGUUGAAAAGCAAAGUGGGUAGGGAAUCUGUAGUCUGCUUGGUGCCUUUCACUGAAUGGAGCAAGCAAUAGGGUUCCUUACUGGGUGAUUCUUGCAAGAUAUGAGGAUUUAUUGUCUUAGAAUUAAUUCCAAGACCUAAUUUCUGAGGCUUAUCUGAGUUGAUGGAGAUGAGUAAGGUGAAAGAAGGCGAGACAAGUGCAAGGAUUGUUCCAAAGUCCAAUGGAAUUGGGGAUGAUCAGGUGAAAUUCAACGAGGAAAGUAGACAUAAUCAUAAGACUGUUGUUUGCAAUGGGAAUCAUAGGGCUCCAGUGAGAAAUUUCUGGUUUUCUACAUAUCUUUCCAGAAGUAAUGAUGAGCAAAUAUCUGAUACACCAUUGGAGGGAAACUCUGCCCAUAAUCAGAUCAAAGAAGUGGCUAUUGCAUGCAAUGGAGGAGUGGGUAACCGUGGGCCUGCCUUGGAAAAUGGCCCAGAGAAGCCACAUUGCUACAGUAAGAAGGUGAUAAAGGACACAGAGAUCAGUAUUUUUGAAGCAAAAAAGUAUUUUGGUUCUCAGGAAGAGAAGAAAACAGAUACAAAUCAUGGAUUAGUUAAGGAAGGCUGCAAGGUAAGAGAGAAUUCCAAUUCCAAAGCUAAAACACAGGAAAGUAAGAACAAGUUAUUGUUGUCUAAUAAUGGUUUGUAUGAUCCUUGUACUGCAACAUCUUCCCCUGCAUCCUCCAAAGUCGUAGUGAAUCCCAGUUUUAGGUCAGGGGGAUCUACUCCAUCAACGCCUUCAGAGGCUAGCUGGAACAGCCAGUCUGGACUUCUCUCUAGGGUAGCUGGAAAUUAUGCCAUUAAAAAGCCUCCUAGUGACAGGAAAAGAACAUCAGAGAAGUGGUCUAUUGGUUGUAUGUGGCCUUGCUGGAGAAAGAAAUCUGUUGAGUUGGAAGACACAGUAACGGAAUUCGGGCGGACGCCAUCAGUAUCACAUUACAUGGUUUCUACAGAGUUAAUGGAUAGUCCAGUGAGCUCCAGAAGGCACAAUUAUCUAGGCCUGGGGAAAAGGGUUUUUGGCAGAUCCUUUGGAAAGCAGAGAACGGAGGCCACCUUUGUAGACAAUACAUCACAGAGCAGAGACAUGAAUGGAGGAUCAACUGUAAGGACUUUUAUGAAUCCUCCAGCGGUUGAUAAUCUGCAAAGAAACAGUGCUUUGUAUGACAGAGAUUGUGAGCAACAACAUCUGGGAGAAAGGCCUGAUCACAGAAGAGGCGCCCGCAGUUCUUCCGAGCAUGAAGGAUUUUCUUUCCCAAUUCUCUCUGUUGGAUCCCAGGAAAGUCUGGGAUCGCCGUUGGAAGUGUUCGGAUCCCCAUUCCCUGGCACACCCAAUUGUGAAGAGACUCAUAUCUCCACCUCAGGCAUGACCCUGCCUCAACUGAUUCAACCCUCAGAUCUACACAGGCGUUUGUGGCUAUUUUCUGUAGAAAGAGCCAGGAAGAGUUUUAAUUUCGAUUCCAACCCUGAUUUGCCCAAGUUUGGAAGGAAUAAUAAUGAGGAUGGUGAUGAUGACAAGCGCAGCGAUUCAAGCUCGGAUCUUUUCGAAAUUGAUAGCUUUGUCUCGCAGGGUACUGCAUCCUAUCCAUACAGCAGGAGGGAUUCUUUGGACAAUGCACUCACAUCCUCUGUGCAGCAUUACUGUUACGAACCCACCGAAACUAGAGACAACAUGAGCGAGGAAGAUUCGAGGAAUUUUUCUUCACGAUAUGAGGAUUUGAAAAGCCAGACUUUUCUACCAGGACUGAAGGAGGCUCGAAGCUUCAAGAAGAGGUGAAGCCAAGUCAGAAAAAAAUGAGAUUUUUAUCAGCAGAAGCGGAGCUCCGGAUCAGAUUUCUAAGUCGAAGGAUUCACACCAUUUCUCAAUCAGGAGAAACAUUGAAUUUUGGUAGCUGUAGCAGCUACAUUGUUGUUUUUUCAUGAUUUCUUAUAUUAUAUUUGUAGCAGCAUUAAUUUGUUAUUUGUUAUUGGUUUUGGGAAUGUUUCUUAGCAGAUUCGACGGCCAAUUGGACAUCUGUUAGCUAACAAAACUGUAUUUGUUUUCCCCAUGGAUCGUUGUUGUUUCGCCUUUUUUAACCAGUUCAGUUAUCAAAGCAAGAUUAAUGGCAGAAUACAUUAGGCCCCUGGUUCAUUCGGGCUCAGUUUAUAAUUCCACAUUGCUUGUUAUUGGUCCUUUCGAUAGUAGAGCAUACCUCUUUGAAAGAGGUGAUAAGUUCAAAUUUCAUAA